UACUUUUCAACCUGGCUACUGCCACCGCAGGGGGUCAUUCGCCAGGAGACCUCCGGCUGUCCACAUGCAGCUAGACCAGCUUUCUGCUCCGUUGUAGACAGGAAUACCAUGUGCUGGCUAACUCAUUGGAUGGACUCCGUACUGAGCCUGUGACGUGUGAGAGGGGCGAUGUGAAGCCAGAAGGUGAUGUGAAGAAAUCAUGUUACACAAACUUAGUUCUGUCGUGUCACAAAGCAGUUCCUUCGCCUAGCCGUGACGGGAAAGAGACGAAGGGAAGACCACAGUGAGAUGCCCAUGUGAAUUUCAUUCCAAAGAUAUCACUUUGAACCUGCACAGCGCUACGCUACGUCAAGUUGGCACCGCUGCAGUUUCUUAUUGCUUCUUGACAACUCUCGGUGAUCUCUGGAACCCACAAAACACAUUAGGAUGCCGUCAUCAUUUGCGUAUGGCCUGCUGGGAUCAUGGGCACCCAGCCGAGCCUCGUCAGCAUUUCUCCUUGGUGGCCAUUCCUACAUCUUCAGCUGCAAUGUCACAACUCUCUGCGCACUUCUGCUGUUUGUCUUGAUGACGUUGGACGUGAGAGCUCUGCCGUCCCAGCCCGGCAGCGGCAGUACGAGAGCGCCUUCACCGUUAUCCGGGACAGCGCCGACAGUCCUGGCACCUACGAGCGCACCAGUUGCUCCCCAAACGGAAUCCUGGCGAACACUUGCCAAGACCAUCUCGCAGGCUGGCGGUGUGCGUCGCAUUUGUGGCUACGGUCGAGCAGUUCAGUUUUCCACAGUGAAAGAGACCAGGGCCAUGGAAAACGACACUCUUGGUGAGCCAGCAUCCAGUGUAACCGGCCACUGCAAGACACUCCACUUCACACUGGAUGUGCAAGACGCAGUCAUGGGAACAGUAGUGGGGGCAGAACUACAUUUCAACCUGCUGGUGGCCGCCAAGGAACGCCUGCUGGACAGGUACACAUUUCUUGUGUACCAUAUCCUGGAUGGUUCUGGGGAGAGAGUUCUGAUAGGAACCGACUCCAUCUCAGCUGUGAGGGUCACUGGACUGCCUGAGCACAUCUGUCUGGAUGUACGGACUGCACUGAAGGCCGUACAUGAGAAAAACAGGCAAAAUCUUACGCUGGCUGUGGAUAUAGUUAUCAACGGACAGCCCAGCUGUGACCCAAGAUUGACUAAUUCCAGUGACAUGGCCACUGACGGGGUGGCAUCCCAGCCAGUGUUUUCGCUGAGCAACUCUGCAUCGAUCUUUACAUACUACCAUCACUCUAGGACAAUCCCAUUCUUCCGAGAUCUCUUCCAAGCAUACGGCACCCAUCCCUACAGAGCUAUUCCACCGCCGGACUGGGAUACGCACAAGAAUGAGCUUUGUCGUGUUCAUCGCUUCACUCUCGACAUCACAGCCAUGGGAGCCAUAGCUCCUCGCAACCUCACGUUUGGUGUGUGCGCUGGAUCCUGUCAAUACCCAAUUGCAUAUCCAACAAAGGACACGCAUAAUUCUAGGUUCAGGUCGCUACUGAUUGCUUAUGACCAGAUCCCAGCAGCACAAAGACCACCUCCGCCAUGCUGUUCUCCAGUUCAGAAUGCUAGAAUGCAAGGACAAACAGUUACGAUGAGAAGAAAUGGAAAGCUGGUCUUCACGUACCUUUCUGAUCUUCUCCCGAAAUGUGGAUGUUUCUAGUUUACAUACAAACACCCUGUUUUGCUCAGUCCCAUUGUAGCCGCCCCUGUCACGUGACAUCAUACAGCCAGUCUGGCACUACAACGGUGGUGUAUAUCAGAAGCCAACUUGACCCCUCUUGA